UUUUUGGGCAAGUACCCACAUCUUUCAGACUUUUCACCAUAAUUUCUCUUUCCUAAGGUAGCCAGCCAAUUUUUCUCUCUCCUCACGAAACCUGAAACCCCUUUACACUGUCAGCUUCAAUAAUCAAAACCCUUCAACAACUUUUCAAUUCAUGAAGCAAAAUCUCUUUGAUCACUAAAAUUGUUGCAAUUUUUCCUGCAAUUUUCUUGGGACGCUUGGAAUUCUUUGAUUUGUUUUUGGAAGAAUUUUGUUAGUGGGGUUGUUGGGAAAAUAGAUGUUGAUUAAUAAAGAUAAUAGAAGGUGAAGCUGUAGCUAGAAUUUUUAUGGAUAGCUUAUGCUGCUUCAGUUCAGUUUCUCAGAUUGUAGGAGGACGUUCUUAUAAUGGCUCUGGCAAGGGCAGAAGUCAUCAAGGUCCUGCGAAGUAUGGAUUCAGUUUGGUGAAAGGAAAGGCAAAUCAUCCCAUGGAGGACUAUCAUGUUGCUAAAUUUGUGCAGGUCCGUGGACACGAACUUGGCCUCUUUGCCAUUUAUGAUGGCCAUUUGGGUGAUAGUGUGCCUGCUUACCUGCAGAAGCAUCUAUUUCCCAAUAUUCUCAAAGAGGACGAAUUUUGGACCGACCCAAACAGGUCAAUUUCAAAAGCCUAUGAGAGUACUGAUCAAGCCAUUCUUAACCACAAUCCUGACCUGGGACGAGGUGGGUCAACUGCUGUCACGGCUAUUCUUGUGGACGGAUCAAAGCUAUGGGUAGCAAAUGUAGGAGAUUCACGAGCUGUCCUUUCUAGAAAAGGUCAAGCAAUACAGAUGUCUACUGACCAUGAACCUAAUACAGAACGGGGUAGCAUUGAGGACAGAGGUGGCUUUGUGUCGAACAUGCCAGGAGAUGUUGCUAGAGUCAACGGGCAACUUGCUGUGUCUCGUGCCUUCGGAGAUAAGAACCUCAAGUCACACUUGCGGUCUGACCCUGAUGUAAAGCAGGCUGAUAUUGGCCCUGACACUGAUCUUAUUAUCCUAGCCAGUGAUGGUCUGUGGAAGUUGGGUAAAACUGCUUAUUAGCUGAUGGUUAUACCUUACAAACAACUUAGGUAAUGUCUAAUCAAGAGGCAGUUGAUAUUGCAAGAAAGAUCAAGGAUCCGCUAAAAUCUGCCAAGCAAUUAGCAACAGAAGCUCUGAAUCGAGACAGCAAAGAUGACAUUUCUUGUAUUGUAGUCCGUUUCUGAGGAUAAAUUACUUGUGGAUGGAAAAAUUUGUACAUUCCGGGGGGCUUUGUAUAAAAAGCAUGGUGAUCAAGUUCUACUGAUCAAUCAGCUUCAGGUUAAAAGGUUCAUGGAAAUACUUAUUACUUUUGAGGUAAUCGCUAGCUUUUGCCUUGUAUAAAAAAGGGACGGGAAAGAUUUAUUGGUGUAAGAUGGUUGUGUGGUGUUUGAUAAUUGCAAAGUUUUCUUUUAUAUAUGUAGAAUUAUAGCCAUUUUAUCUGUCAAUUGUUGUAGCAAUCCAAGAUCAUCUUGAGUCUGAAAUUUGUAAUAAUUCUGAACGUGUGUGCACAUUGUUUUCUUUUGAUUAGAGAUAAAACUCCCUUCUUCAGGCUUU